GGAUCAUCUAUACUAAGUUAAAGGGGCAAACUAAUCCUUUGCUCUUCUUCCAUUUGUAAAAAUCUAAUCCCAAAUGUUCCUUCAUUGGUCACCUCAAUUUUUCAAACCCUAACACCCACAAAACAAACAAUCUCGUCUUCUUCUUCAUCAUCAGAAUGGACUUAAUCCAUCAAACCCAAUUCCUAUACUGCAAUUCAACACCACACUGUAUCAAAUUAUCAAUCUUUAACUGAUAUGUCACCACCAACUCCACCAUCAUCCUCACAUCAAUUUCUAAACACCCAUACUAAACCUUCCCAUUUCCAAGAUUUAUUCUUCUCCGCAAUCUCCAUCUUCUUCCUCUUCUCCUCCGCCUCCGCCUCCGCCACCAAACCCCAGUUCCCGAAAUUACCAAUUCUCUGUCUGCCACCAGACCGCCGGAGAUUCCUCAACAUCCCCGUAAUGUCAACUUCAAAGACCCAUCACCGUUUCGCCACUCCCCAGUCCCUCUCCGAUUGGCUCAAACCCCGGUUACCCUCCGAUUCUUUCGCCUCCUGGGGCGUAAAACCCGGCACCAAGAACAUCCAUAAUCUCUGGCUCGAGCUAUCCGAGGGUGAAACCUCACUGGCAGACUCCACCCCUCCGAUUCGCACAGUCAGUGUCGUGACAGUACGAAUUUUGGGUAAGGAUAAUACAAUUUUAGUUGAAUCGCAUCAAGAAUUGUCUGAUGGUAGUGUGAGGAAUAGGUUUAGACCAUUGUCUGAGAAAAUGAAACCCGAUGAGGACCCGAAAGCUGCUGUUUUUCGAGCUAUUAAAGAAGAGCUUGGUUCGAUUAUAAACGAUGGGGCGAAUGUGAGGAUCAUCGAUGGCUCUUAUAAUCAAAAGAUUGAAGAGAGACAUUCGUUGUCGUAUCCGGGUUUGCCUGCGCGUUAUCUGUUGCACUCUGUGGAUGUGAUGGUGGAUGGAUUACCUGAUGAGGAGUUUUGUACAGAGGAAUUGGAGGAGUAUUGUGAUUCUGAUGUAAAGAGGGCGGCGGAUAAAGCUGUGUCUGUGAAGAAGCAUUUUUGGAAAUGGAUUGGUUCUGAUUUGUUACAAUCUUGAUGUGGGUUAGUUUAUUGUUUUUCUGCUUUCACCUGCAUUAUAACAAUUUUGGAUUAUAUAUACCUACUAUACUAGCUUUGUGCAAUCGUUUCUUUUGGCAUGUUCCCAAUAUACUUAGGAAAUUGUAUUAACAUAAAAUUAAGAGAGCUUAAUGGAUUUAUGAUUGUUUGUGAACGUAAUCUUCGCUUCUAAUGUGCAAUAUGGACCUUCUUACUCUUCCA